GACCCCCAGCAAGGCAGCCACGCGUUGCCGUGGCGAUUGUGCGACCUGCAGGAGAGAGAGAGAAAAAAAAAAUUGGGAUGAAAAGGAAGGAAGAUGAAAGUAACUUGAUCAAUUUUGGCCAACUACCCAGAGGAUAUUAAAGCAACACAAUGCUCGUCAACCUCGCACUCUCGUUGCUGGCGCUGAUGCUCCCUUCGGGGACGGAUCUUCCUCACCGCGUGCGGUAUUGCUAUGCCGGGGGCGAGUACACUACCCUGGCAGACACCGGCGAGCACAUUCGCACCGGCCAGAUCUAUGUGGAGAAACUGACCCCCACGCGAGUCACUCAACCCUACCCCAUUGUUUUGAUCCACGGACAGGCCCAGACUGGGACCAACUGGCUGAACAAACCGGACGGUCAACCCGGAUGGGCCUCGUACUUCCUGGCCCAGGGCUACGAAUGCUACCUGCUCGACCAACCCUUCCGCGGUCGCAGUCCCUGGCAGUCGUGGAACGGAGACCGGGAGACUUACUCGGCGGAGCAUCUGCAGCGAUACUUCACUGCUCCCGAGCGGUAUGAGCUAUGGCCGCAAGCCAAGCUGCACACCCAGUGGCCGGGAUCCGGGGUGAUGCACGACCCGAUCUUCGACGACUAUUACGCCAGCACCGUGCCCUUCGUGAGCGACAACGUACUCCAAGAGACCGCCAUGCAGAAAGCGGGCGUCGCUCUGCUCGAUAAGAUUGGCACGCCCGUGAUCCUCCUGGCACACUCUCAGGGCGGCAUCAUGGCCUGGUUGUUAGCCGAUCAGCGACCGGAUCUCGUGCAACUGAUCGUCUCUCUGGAGCCAGGGGGCCCCCCGUUUCGCGAUGUCAACUUCGGAAAUGGAUCCGCCCGCGCAUAUGGCUUGACGGACAUUCCUAUCGCCUACUCGCCUGCGGUGGUCAAUCCCGCAACCGAUUUGGUGACGACUACCAUCCCCGCCACCCACCCGGAUGAGGUGGGCUGUGUGAUUCAAGCAGACGACCCACCUCCGCGUCAGCUGGCCAAAUUGCAGCGAAUCCCCGUGGUGCUGGUCACGUCAGAGGCAUCGUAUCAUGCGCCGUACGACUGGUGCACCGUCCGAUUUCUGCGCCAAGCAGGGGUGAGCACAGAGCAUGUUCGGUUGGCGGACUGGGAUCUUCGUGGUAAUGGCCAUAUGAUGUUUUUGGAGAAGAACAGUGAUGUUGUUGCAGCGCUGGUGCACGAUAGGAUCCAUAAGUUCAAUUGAGUACUAGCUAGCAAACGGGAAGCGCGUGUGAGCAUGUCAAAUCACUGGGAAUAAUCGCUGCGUGUUGCUUUACCUCGGUAUAACCCUUAGUGCCUGAGGCAUACAGGUUUCCUCUUUCAGAUUAGAAGCGGUCAUGUUCGUUUGAGC